AUGAACGCUCCAGAAGGUUUUGAAGCCGAUGAAAGGGCGAAUGAAGCUGCACGACGCGAUUUUCUGAAAAGAUUGGUACAGGCGGUUCCAGCCAAAGUCCCUUUGGAUUAUUGUGGGACCAAAAGGAUCGCUAAUCAACCAGUGGAUGAUAAGGGAUGUGCCGUGCCAGUUUGGCAUGGAAACUUUACUCCAGUCGAACAAGAAAGGUCAGUAUUUUAAGAUUUUUGUUUUAAUUUUAGGUUUAAAAAACGUUUGUGAUACUUAGCGGCUAGUGAAAUGAUAUUGUGUACUUGUUUGAUAGUAGUAUGUAAAAAUUGGUGUGGCUACCCAAUAAUGUUUCAAAAGUUUCAAUUUUAGGCUUGUUAGAAGCACAAUUAAUUUGGUUAGAUGGUACUAGGCAUUGAGUUGAUAGUCUUUUAGUACAGUAUUCAAAAAAUGAUAUUGUUCAAGAAGCUUCCAUCUGAUGGUAGUGGGUUGGGGAAAUAGCUGUAGCUUGAUGAAUACUAAUUGAAAUUGGACAGUUUUAGUUUUUUUAGGACAAGAGCAUGCUUUUUAAAUUUAUUAUGGCUAUUAAAAAGGGUUUUAAUAUAUAUUUCUAUCUAAAUUCCAUUAAUUAAUUUACAAUAUACCUAUUUCAGUCUUGGAGUUGGAUGUCGACGCCAGUACUACGAGGACAUGAAGGCUGCAGCUAAAGAAAACUACAAGUUUUUUCCAUACUGUCUUGAUAUGAAAGUGACAAUCAGCGGAAACUCCAAUGUUUCUAACAAGCGACAAUAA